AUGUCGCGGCGGCCCCGGUCGCGGUCGCCCUCCUCUUCCUCCCCGGUGAGGGGUGAAGGAAUGGUGGUGGGCACCUUGGUUCUAAGGAACUCGGCCACCAAGCUGUUCUGCGAACAGCCAGUCUACAGCGAGACUGAGAUUUUGGCUGGCCGAGACCGCCAUCUAUGCCACAUGCAUGUCAUCGACGUCUAUGCAUCGCACUGCCAUUUGCGAUUCUACACUGUCCUCUUCAACGAAGGGGAUCCUACUGGACCAGUGCCUCCAAUGGUCUAUGCACAGGAUGUUUCCAGAAACGGAACCAGGUGGAAUGGGAUUCCAAUGGAGCAGGGGAGCACCGUGCUACUUGGUGACGGCGAUCUGCUUGCAAUCGGACCCGGGCGUUCCACCAUCCAAUUCCAUGCACGGUACCCCUGCCCUGAGCCUCGAUUUACCGAGCUUGAGAAUAGUGAGAUGAGGGAAUUCGAGGAUGACUAUGAGGUGUCUCCACGCAGGCUGGGCGUCGGUGCCUUUGCUAACGUCCACGUGGCUAUCAAAAAAGCCAGCGGCAAGCAGUUGGCUUGUAAGAUUGUCCGUGUCAAGUCCUCCCAUGACAAAUCGCCUGCAGAAUCCGGAGAAGGAAAGUUCCACCGAUUCCUCGAAGUUGGCAAGCUCGGUUCCAACCAAGCUUCAGGUCAAACAACACCGGAGGAGAAAGUUCCACGCAGUCAGCGGGAAUCCCAGAUCCUUCUCAAACUCUCUCAUCCGAAUAUCGUGACCGUGCACAACGUCUUCCGAUCUCCCCGAACAAUUUACAUAUUUUCUGAGAUGAUCACAGGCGGGGAUCUCUAUUCCUUCAUCCGGUCGAAAGGGCAAAGGGGACAUCUCGAUGAGCUCGCCUCAGCUAAAAUCACACACCAACUCCUCUUGGCCGUUGAUUACUUGCACGAUCAGGAAAUCGUGCACAGAGACAUCAAGCCGGACAACAUCCUUAUGGAUAUUGUCGGGCAGGACUAUCGGGUGGUUCUGACAGACUUUGGCUUGGCAAGGGUGGCCAACUCGCCAGACAAGAGAAUGUCCGCUUCGGUCGGGACCUUUGAUUACGCCGCUCCGGAGAUUCGACGAUAUUUCGAUUAUCACGGACGCCGCAAGCAUAGUUAUACAAAGGCCGUCGACAUGUGGGCAGUCGGUUCUGUGACAGCAGUUCUUCUGACUGGAGAAUACCCAUUCAACAGCGAGAGAGAACUGAUCCAAGAACAAGUCGAUGAUCUAGUAUGCAGUAUGCGCAAAGCCGAACUCAGAGUCCGGGUGAUAGAAUUCGUCACCAGCCUGCUCAUCCUGGAUGAGGUCGAGCGUAUGAAUGUGAAGGAGGCCCUACGACACCGCUGGCUUACCGAACCGGCCACCGAGACGAAAAUCGCCGAGUGCUACGCGAAUGGUACGAAACACUGGACACCGGCCCAGCGGACUGAAUCCUCCUGCGUUAUUCUGCGAACUGCUCCGCCAAAAAAGUCAGCAGACAAACCGCGCGAUCAUGUUCCCGAGACCCCAGAGCAGGAGCUGGAAAGUAGUCCAUUCUUCACGGUUGAAUAUCAAGCGAAAAGAAUACGAAUUCCUACGAAAAGAGCCCUCGACACACCGGAUACAAAGCUGCGCAAUAUUCUGUUCAUGGCAUCACAAAGCAUCAGCCAGUCAGCGCAUACUCUAUCCUCUGGUGAGAAGACAGACGAGGUUUACGAAGAGGUGGUCAAUUCAGUCACCGGCAGGAAAAAGAGAUGUAUCUAUGGCUGGGAGGUGGAUGAGCUAGCGAAAUGGGUUUAG